UUUCACUCUCUCUCUCUCUCUCUCUCUUUGAGGAACAAAAAUCUCUUAUCUUCUUCGUUCUUCAUCAUCUCACACAAAUCUCUCUGCAGCUUCCUUUAUCCAUUACUCACUGUCGGCAGUCAUCGACUUAGCGAAGCCUCUAUCUCUCCGAUUGGUCCGGUUCUAGGGUUUGCACAGAUCAGUAAUCAUCCUAUCUGAUAACUGAUAAUAAUACGGUCUAAUUCCAUGUCUUUUGAGUUAUUCAAUUUUGCGAUUCUUUCUUGUUGAAGUGUGUCGACGAGGGAUCUGAAAGGUUUUAACUGGUCGGAUUGAGUUUCGGCACCGAUCGGCGGCUGGACGCUCUUGUUUCUGUUCGUUUCAGAGCUUUCCGGAGGGUUUCAGAUCGUAAAGGAGGUGAAAUGGGUUCUUUGCAAGGACCGGUUAUUUGCCCUGCUGUACGAGCCAAGCAAACUGGAUUUUAUGUUCACCCUGUUAAUGGGCCCUUGAUGAAAGAUAGGGUUCUUAGAAGUGGAUUCUGGGGAUUCAGAGGAAUCAAGUGCACUGGGAUUAACGUGAGUCAUCAACUGCGUGUGCAGCAGUACAAGAAGGUGUUAUGUAGUUUCAGUUCCUCGUCCAAUGGCAACGGUAGCAUGGCAGAGAACUUCAAUGAGAAUGAUGAAGAUUAUGUCAACUCCAGUGUUGUUGAAGCAGUUGAGGUGAAGAGUGGCCCAGAUGGUUUCAUGAUUAAGAUGAGAGAUGGUAGGCAUUUAAGAUGUGUUCAUAACAACCCACAAGGUGGGCAUCUGCCGGAUUAUGCUCCACAUCCUGCUAUUGUGUUGAAGAUGGAAGAUGGGACUGGUCUUCUCCUUCCUAUAAUUGUUUUGGAGAUGCCUAGUGUGUUGCUUAUGGCAGCUAUACGUAAUGUCCAAAUUGCCAGGCCUACCAUGUAUCAAGUUGUGAAGGAGAUGAUUGACAAGAUGGGCUAUGCAGUGAAGGUUGUUCGGGUCACCAAGAGAGUCCAUGAAGCAUAUUUUGCUCAGUUGCAUCUGACAAAGUUGGGUAAUGAAACCGAGAGUGUUAGUUUUGACCUUCGACCUUCAGAUGCCAUUAACAUCGCAGUGAGAUGCAAGGUACCUAUACAAGUCAACAAAUACUUGGCAUAUAGUGAUGGAAUGAGGGUCAUUGAAUCGGCUAAGGUCUCAAUCCAGGCCUCUUCUUCAGAUGGCCUACUAUUUACAGAACUGGACCGGCCUACUGGUCAGCCAUGCAUUGAAACAAAGGAGUUUAAUCUUGUGCGGAACAUGCUGAUUGCUGCCGUUGAGGAACGGUACAGAGAUGCAGCCCAGUGGAGGGACAAACUCACUCAACUUAGGUCCAAGAGGAAUUGGGCCUAACAGGUAUGAGGAUGGCCAAUUGGUUCUUCAAUGCAAGUUAAAACAGUGUUGACUACCAAAUGAGUUCGCUUCCUGCAUUCCAGAUAUUCCAAAAAUCAUGGAAUUUGUACAUAUGAACCAUUGGUCAAUGUUGAGGAGGUGGGAUUCCAACGUAAUUAAUCAUUUCUCUGCCUCUUUAUGUGUAUGUAGCAGGCUUGUGCAUAAUCUGUAUAGAUUGACAAACUAUACUGCUGGUAUAGUGUGGAAUUACAAAAAACUUGUUCAUUUAUGAUUCUA